AUAAUAACAACCAACCACAUUCAACCUCUCUCACAGGUUAUGAAGCCCUUGCACUUCUACGAAGCAUUAUAACCAUGCAAUAAUCAUACAAUAAGCUUUUCAAAUAGCUGCUUCUUUCAUUCAAAUACCCCAUGCCAAAUGCCUGUCAAUAUGAGAUUGAUCAACCGCGAAGAGACUACAGAGAAUCAGAUAGCUGGAUCCUUUUCAACAUCAAUAACCGCGCGAAGACAACGCAAUAAUCAAGCCCAAGAUAAUCCUCCAGAACGCGAAGAUAUGAAAGAUCAUGAUGAACCAAGCUGCUGGUUUGAACACCCAGAGAAACGACCUGCGGAUUGGAAGAAUAGAAAGAAGGUCAAUGAUGAUGAUGCCGCUACACCUGUAUGCUACAAUACUGAGCAAGUCUUCUAA